GCUUGUGUAUCAAAUCAUUAAUUGUCCUCAUAAUUGUGUAUAUUUUCAGGUUGUUACAUUAUAAGUUGUGUUUUGUGUAAACAAACUUUAAAGUGAAAUCUGUGUUGUAUGGGUCAAAAUAAUUUUUUUGAUAUCCACUACAUCUCUGUACAGCAAGUGGAAAGCGGUGUCCCCCUAAUACACCAACAGACUGGUUUGGGCAGCAGUGUCCUGGUAAUUCAUAAAAACCCGUAUGUGUGAGUGUGCGUGCGUGCGUGCGUGCGUGAGUGAGUGAGUGUGUGUGUGUGUGUGUGUGUGUGAGUGUGUGUGUAUGAACAGCAUGGCCAACAUCGCGGUCCAGCGGAUCAAACGGGAGUUUAAAGAGGUCCUGAAAAGCGAAGAGACGAGUAAAAACCAAAUCAAGGUGGAUUUAGUGGAUGAGAAUUUCACAGAACUGAAGGGGGAGAUCGCCGGACCGCCAGACACGCCUUAUGAAGGUGGCAGAUAUCAACUAGAAAUAAAAAUUCCAGAGACAUAUCCAUUUAAUCCGCCAAAGGUUCGGUUUAUAACGAAGAUCUGGCAUCCCAACAUCAGCUCAGUAACAGGUGCCAUUUGUUUGGACAUCCUGAAGGACCAGUGGGCGGCGGCGAUGACCCUCCGAACAGUCUUACUGUCUCUACAGGCUCUUCUGGCCGCCGCUGAACCAGAUGAUCCACAGGACGCAGUAGUUGCCAAUCAGUAUAAACAGAACCCAGAGAUGUUCAAACAGACGGCUGGACUCUGGUCACAUGUUUACGCAGGAGCUCCCGUCUCCAGCCCAGACUACACUCACAAAAUAGACAAACUCUGCGCGAUGGGCUUUGAUAAAAACGCAGUAAUAGUGGCGUUGUCGUCGAAAUCCUGGGACGUGGAGACGGCGACAGAACUGUUGCUUAGCAACUGAGUCCAAUCUGAGGGGCCAAAGCACCUUAUCUGACCCAAUCCCACCCCCAAAUCAUCUCCUCAGUCCACACUACCUUCAUCUUUCUGUCUCGCUCUCUUUCUUUAUCCAUCUUUUGCCAUUCCUCCGUUUGGAUUAGUUCAUCCCAUACUGAGAACGCCGUCAUCUUUAUGUUCUAAACUUGUCUGACUUCAUUUCUUCAGCAGGAGACGUUUAGCUGAAUGUUCACGCUGCUCUUUCUGUGUACAAAGGAACUGGCUUUCCUUGUAUAAUGCAGAAUGGUGUGGAAGCUUGUUUCUGCCAUGAAA